UCCCUGUGGUCACAAUGGCGGAAAGAAGUUGUGAUAAAAAGGGUCGUCCGCCCCAGACCGUCGUCCCUCAGGUGAAGUCGCUCCCCUAAGUCAACAAACAUCAACACAAGCUAGCUGUCUCUUCCAAGAUGCUAUGGACAGUGAUGCUGAGAUAGAGGAAGAUCUAGCGUAUAUUUAUAUCACAAGCUAAUCCCAUGCAAUUGAGGCCCAAGAAACGCCCAUCCUCCAGCAGUAAGGCUCAGAGGACCAAGAGGGAGGAAGUAAGACCACAGGUGAAAUCUGCCUCUGGUCCCACAAAGAAUCUGAUGACUGAUGACCUUUUUGCUAAGGAAGAACAAUACAAGCUCUUAAAUGCCGAGCUGGAAGCCAAAACUGCUGAUCUAGUAAAACAGGCAGAACAGCUUAUGAGAGAACAGAGUGAAGUUCUGUCAAAACCCUUCUCCACCAUCCGGCUCACAGACAUUGAGGAUGAAGAGGAUUCAAGGAUAAUAAAGCCUCAUCACUGCACUGUGCUGGAGCCCAGUGUGAAGGUGGUGACCAAAAAAAGGCCCACAUCAACAUCACAAAACAUGUGUGCAGGAAAACAAGGAAAGGAGCCUCGCUGUACAACAGCGCUGCUUGAUUUCAGAACCCCACAGGCGUCUCAUCUGGAUGAUUUAGCAGCUGAAGAAGACGCAGCUGACUCGUUCCUAGCAAAGACGAUACGAAGCAUGGAGAUGAAGAUGGACGACACUGUCACUCAUGAAAAUGUUGUGGAUGAUCUGUCCAAUGCUGGAGACAAUGUGGGCUCAGGCAUUUCAGAUGCUCAAAUACGAGUUCUGAAGGCCAAACUGCGGAUUAUGCAAGAGGAGCUGGAUCAACUUUCAUGUGAAUAUUUUAAGAAGGAUGAUGAAAACGCAAAGCUUAGUGCAAAAAUGAAGGAGAUGGAGGAGGAUCGAGCCAGGCUGCAGAAAACAACAAGCAUUCGGCAAACACAGAUUGAGAAGCACCGAGCUUUAGCAGAGGAGUCUGCCAAAAAAUGUGAGGGUCUUCAGCUGCAAGUCUCUGCUUUACAAAAGGAAAUAGAAAAUCUGAAUAGAUCCCACAAACAAGCAGCAGCCGUCCACAGCACUGUGGAGGUUCGUCUGAACAGAGCCUUGGAGGAGGGGGAGAGGUUAAAGACUCAACUGAACAAGAUGAAACAGAUGAACAAGGACAAGAGCAGUGAGGAACAACAGAGUAAAGAAAAUCUACUUGCUGAAAACAAAAUGCUAAAAAAGCAGAAAGCAGAACUCAUCGUGGGUUUCAAGAAACAGCUCAAGCUGAUUGACAUUCUCAAAAGACAAAAGAUGCAUUUUGAAGUCGCAAAGCUGCUGUCGUUCACAGAAGAUGAGUUCAUGAAAGCUCUAGACUGGGGGAAACACUGAGAGGUCCAGCAUUUAAAGAUAUUUCUAUGUUGUGGAGUAAAAGUGUGUUUGUAUAUGGUGACAGUUAAAAAAUUUGAAAUUUGAAUUCAGAGCAAAUUUGGAUUUGUCUCCUUAUUAUCACAUCUAGCCACCAGACAACCUCAGAGCUUUUCUGGAAAGAUUUUAAUUCAUCACAGUCCCAAUAAAAAGAUGUCUCUAAA